UAUGAAAUAAUUAAAUAAUAAAUACAAACAAUAACUCUUACCCUUAAAAUUAACAAAUCAUAUCACUCCAUAAUUUAAGUUGAAUCCAUAUUAAAAUUCAUUAUCACCUGUAACACUAAGAAAACCACUCUUUAGUUUACAUGAAAAAGCUUCAGCUAGAUCAAUCAAAAAAUAGUAACAUCAUUCUCCUCCUAUUACACAGAAAAACACUUUAUAGAUAGAAAAAUAUGGUUUGGAUUCUAAUUUUGAAUAUAUUCUUAAAUUUGCAGUCAGAACAAGACAAGGAAUUUAAAUUGGGAAUCCAAAUAAAUAGAAUUAAGAUUCCUUUAUAGUAUUUCCAAACAUAGCUAAUAAAUCAUAUAUGCAUUUUUUUUUCAUUUGUGAUGGUCAUGGAAUAAAUGGACAUCAUAUCUCAAAUUUCCUUAAAUAAUAAUUCCCAAUUUAUAUCACUAAAUUCAAGAAUCAAUUAGAAAUCAAGUAUAUAUAUAUAUAUUAAACAUAACUUAAAUUAGUCCUUAUGCUACAAUAUACACAAUUUUUGCUUAAGUAAUUAAAGCUUUAGAUUAAUCAUCUAUUGAUCAAUAAUACUCUGGAUCUACUGUUGUUGGUUUAUUCAUGUUACAUAAUAAAGUAUUCUAAUAAUUUAAUAGAGAUUUAUUGUCCAAAUUUAGGUGAUUCAAGAGCAGUUAUGUUAUGUCGAACAAAUAAAUGGUUUCUUAAGAAUCUAUCAAGAGAUCAUAAACCAGAUUGUUAAGAUGAAUGUGAACGUAUAAUAAAUCAUGGAGGCAGAAUUGAUCCUUAUAAAGAUUAAAAUGGUUAAGCAUGUGGACCAUUAAGAGUAUGGAGUAAUGCAAAUGUACCAGGAUUGGCUAUGACAAGAUCUAUAGGUGAUUAAGUGGCUAAAACAGUUGGAGUCAUUGAUAAACCAGAAAUCUUCAAUUUUAUUCUAGAAAAAAUGGAUAGAGUUAUCCUAUUAGGAUCUGAUGGAGUGUUUGAAUUUCUUUCUUAAUAAGACAUUUUAGAUUCUGUUACUCCUUAUGUUGAUAGAAUGGAUGUUGAAACAGCUUGUAAUCACUUAUUAGAAAUGGCUCAUGUAAGUUGGGUACAGAGAGGAAAUAAAGUGAUUGAUGAUAUUACUUUUAUAUUGAUAUUUAUGUAAUAUUGA